AUCCCACUUUGUUUUGCAAGCCACUCUUUGCAACCAAGCCACUUCUUGACCAGAGGAAGGCAACCAAGCCAUACUGGUAUUUCUGGACUGUGUUUGAAGGCACCACUGUUAUACCAGUUUCCUAAUAGCCACUCGAGAGGGAGGUCUAGCACUUCGUCUGUUCUAGUCACCUAAUAGCACCGUUCACCCCUAGCAUUUUGAGAUGGCGACAAAGUCGAGCCGUCCGACAUGGAUGCGAGUCAUUCUGAUCGCAGUAGACGGUAGCGAGGCCAGCAAGAAAGCCAUGAGUUACUCGAUAGACAACAUUUUCGAUUCGAAGACGGACUACGUCAUCAUCAUGUUCGUCAGGCCCAAGUUUGACGCUUCCAGCGCGGAAUUUCAACGGUCCGAGUCGAGCAUUGCGGCCAAGGCAGGAGAUUUACUCGACGAGGCGUCGGCGGAGGUGAAGGCGGCUCACCCGGGCAUUCAGGUGGAGUCUAUGCUGGGCGAGGGAGACCCGCGAGACGUUAUCUGCAACCGCGCCAGCGAGGACUUUGUCGACUUCAUCAUCGUCGGAAGCCAGGGCAAGACUGCUCUUACGAAAGCAAUGAUGGGAAGUGUGUCUCAGCACCUGCUGCACAAUGCACCAUGCCCUGUGCUGGUGUACCCAUCAUCUGGAACUGAUGCUGUCAAGCGCAGCACAUCUGCAUGGGGUGGUGCUCUGAAAAUGCUCAAAGGCGUUGCGUCUUCUGUUUCUUCUGUUACCUCAUCAGUUGCUUCUGUGAGCUUGGGGCCUGGUUCUUCCAAGGGUCAAUAGAGAUUCAAUGCCACAUUGGAACUUUUAGUUAUCAUGCAGCAUAUCAUAAUCAGGGUAAAUUGUGAGGAAUGGUAGGAUUAUGCCUAUGAAGUUAUGAAGUUAGGUUCUUAGAAAGUGGGUACUUUGCCUAGUAGUGUAAUAUGCUGUGAACUACAUUGAAAAAGAAC